UAGAUGAAUCUCCUCGGAAGAAAAUAGAAACGGCCUUCGUUGCCAUAGCAGACGAAGCUAACCUCACGCUAGUAACGGAGCACAGCUGCGAGACAAAUUUGCUUACUGUAACUUUUUACUGUCAAUGACUGUAACAGGCGUCUGUAUAUAAAUAGUGUUUGUAUCAUGGAAUAAUGACACCUGUGAACACCUGUCGGCACCAUUCCUGAAGACAAUUUGAACGCACCAGCCAAUCGUUUGUUGCUUCGGAGCGAAACGGGACGAACGUUAAUCCACCCGCUGGGAAUACACUAACGUUAGCUUUGAGCUAGCUGCUAACUGUUCUGUCUAAUCAAGAGGUUUUCCUGGAGCACGUCUUCAUAUGCAAUAAUGUUUGGCCGUGUGUUCGGCACCUUGGACAUUUAACUGGUGAAUGUUGCUAUGGAGAUGCCACACAUGAAGUAGAAACGAGCACACAUUGACUGUCUGACUGAUACAACUUCGGGGAAAUGGCUGAGAGAUAUCCGCUGGCAGAGAAGGCUAUGUCGGAGGGCUAUGCCCGUCUCAGGUACAACGACACGUCGCUGCUCAUUUGGCAACAGCAACAGUUGGAGCUGGAGAAGGCGCCCCCCGCCAACUACCUCAGCCGGAGUCAGAGCUCCUGGUACAGUCGGUACGGAAACCAGGCUGUGGUUGUACGGGACAGAAACAACCUAGACGGCACUUCCGAAUCUGGACGCUCAAAAAUAUGUCUGAUUAUGUAAUCGUGUUUGUCAUCUGCCGUGUUCAUGGCCAGCGUUACGGCAGCUAAUCUUGUUACAUCCAAACUAGGAGCAUUGAGAUGGUUAGUCUGGGAAUUAUUGCUCCAAAUUAGGAGCAAGGACUUAAAUGUGCAGAUUGUAAGCUUUUUAUUCCUAAAGCAGUAUUCCCCCCUGCCCCCCUGGAAAUGCAAUACUGAAUUAUGAGAUUUGUUUGAAAGCCAUCAUAAACGUGAAAGCGACCAGA